GGAUGUCAUGAAGGCGUGUUAGCCACCAGUCACAAUGCAAUGAGUCUGUGUCUGUGUCUGUGUCUGUGUCUCUGGGCCAGUGCUUCCACCGAGGACUCUGGGAAAUGAAUCUUACACUAUUCCUGCUUUUGGCAUUGACUGCUAGCUGGACUGAACUUGUUCAAUGUGAAGACAACGAAGAGCCCGAGGAAGAGUUUGUCUCUGAAGACUUGUUAGGUCCCAAAGCAGAGGGUGAAGAAGAAAACUCAGAUAAUCAUGGGGACAGCUCUGGAGAUGGCAGGAGCCUUGAUUCCCCGGAAUCAGUUUCCACAGCAAGCAGUGACUCAGUUAAUAAUCAGGAAACAGAGCCGACUACAGAGACUAAUACAGAGCCGACUACAGAGACUAAUACAGAGACUAAUACAGAGCCGACUAAGGAGGAUCUCAGCCCAGUCAUCAUGAUCAUCAUUCCAAUUCAAUGUGAAGACAACGAAGAGCCCGAGGAAGAGUUUGUCUCUGAAGACUUGUUAGGUCCCAAAGCAGAGGGUGAAGAAGAAAACUCAGAUAAUCAUGGGGACAGCUCUGGAGAUGGCAGGAGCCUUGUUGCAGAUUCCCCGGAAUCAGUUUCCACAGCAAGCAGUGACUCAGUUAAUAAUCAGGAAACAGAGCCGACUACAGAGACUAAUACAGAGACUAAUACAGAGCCGACUACAGAGACUAAUACAGACGCAGACGAGGAGGAUCUCAGCCCAGUCAUCAUGAUCAUCAUUCCCCUGGUUCUCACACUCAUCAUCAUCGCUGUAAUCGUGUGUGUAGUCAUGAUCUACCGCAGGAGGAGAAUAAAAGCUGCUGACAGAAAAGAAGAUCCUUAUCUGGAUCAUGAAGACAAUGAAAAAGUGCCAAUGUAGGUACACGGUUUUAAGAGCAUGUUGUGUUUCUAUAAUCAUGUAUUAUGAGUGAUAUCUGCUGGCUGCACUUCAGUAGUGUAUUUAAGAUGU